UGUUAACACGCACUGCAUUAAUAGCAGCUGUCAAACUCAUGGUAUCCUCCUGCCCCCCGGGCGCCUGGGAGCUCUGCUGAAGUCUCCACUGCGCAUGUGCGAGCGCUGGACAGCUCCAGAGAGGGAAAUUUAAAAACGGUUUUUGGAGAAUCAAGUGCAACACAGUGAAAUACAGUACAGGGGCUCCGACCAGCUCACACUUUCUUCAAUAUCAUCCAAAACAGUGGUACCACAUAUCCCAGGAAAUGAUAGAAGGUGGAAUAACAUCCAUGAUGUCAGGAAUCAUUGAGAAUGCUGGGCAUCAUCCGUCUCCACAGGACUACAGGCUUCUGACCACGGACCCCUCCCAGCUUAGGGAGGAGGACCUCCCUGGGGACCUGCAGUCUCUGUCAUGGCUCACCUCAGUGGAUGUGCCCCGGCUCCAGCAGAUGGCUGAUAGCAGAGGCCUCAGUAACGGCCCCCCCCAGGGCAGCCUGUUGGAGCAACAGACAGCUCAACUGAGCAACAUGACUGCGAUGACGGCGGGUCAAGGCUCCAUGCUGCACCUCCAGAGCAACAUGCAGCACAGCCCUCUGGGAAUCAGCAUCAUCAACACCCACAGCGGGAGUAUGUCUCCAUUCUCCAUGAAUGGGAUGCCCUCUCCGGGAUACCAGUGCCCUACCUCAGUCUACCAGUCUGCCCCCCAGCAGGUGUACUCUCUUACCCAAACUGGACAACAGUGUUCAACUGGUGGGCUUUAUAGCAAUGUCUCUUUCAACAACCAAAGUCUUUUCACACAACCUCGUCUGGCUCCACAAGACCAGGAGCUGCAGCCCAAGUCUUUCCCCAAGCCAAUCUAUUCCUACAGCUGUUUGAUUGCCAUGGCUCUGAAGAACAGCAAAACUGGCAGCCUCCCAGUCAGUGAGAUCUAUAGCUUUAUGAAGGAUCACUUCCCUUAUUUCAAGAUUGCACCUGAUGGAUGGAAGAACUCAGUCAGACACAACCUGUCCUUAAACAAAUGCUUCGAGAAAGUGGAGAACAAGACGAGCAGCUCCUCCCGUAAGGGCUGUCUGUGGGCGCUGAACCCUGCCAAAAUUGACAAGAUGGAGGAAGAGAUGCAGAAGUGGAAACGCAAGGACCUUCCAGCCAUCCGCCGCAGCAUGGCUAACCCUGAUGAGUUGGACAAACUGAUCACAGACCGCCCAGAGAACUGCAGGCGUAAGGCUUUAGAGGCCAGCAUGACCCGCCUCCCCAGCUGUCCCUCCGGCCUCCCGCUGUCCGUCCCGUCCCAGAUGCAGCCUCAGCCGAUUGUCACGCUGUCCCUGCCCUGUUUACCCAUGCACCAGCACCACCAGCUCCAGGCCCAGCUCCACGCUCAGGCCCGCCUCGCCCCCAUGUCCCCCGCCCCGGCCCAGACACCCCCCCUCCACACCGUCCCUGACCUCUGUCACAGUCCACUCACCCAGCACUCCAACAAGCAGCAUGAAGACUUCUACAUCGUGCACGGUGAUACGCACACAGAGGUGGACGCACUGGACCCCAGCAUCAUGGACUUUGCCCUUCAAGGUAAUCUGUGGGAGGAAAUGAAGGACGACAGCUUUAACCUGGAUGCUUUGGGCACCUUCAGUAACUCGCCCCUCCGACUAUCAGACUGUGACUUGGGAACAGCCCACCUGACUCCCAUGUCCAACGGAGCAAACCUGCCGCUGUCAGAUGUGCAAGUGACGGGUCUCUACACCGCCUACACCACCCAGGAUCACCUGGCCUCCCAGUAUAUGGGUGCACAGGCCAACAACAAGCCCAUCGCCCUGUUAUGAAGCAGCUGAACUGUAUCAAACAGAGUCGACCUGAU